AAAAGGGAGCGGUGAAGGCCGCCGGGCGCGUAGGUCGCCGCUCCCAGCGCGGGAAGAGGGGGAGUCGCCGGCGCCGCCCCCCCAGAGGGGAGGAUGUUUUCCUUCUCUACCACCGUGCAGCCCCAGGUUACAGUUCCUCUGAGUCACCUCAUCAAUGCCUUCCAUUCACCAAAAACCUCAGCUACUUCUGUCAGUACAGCAUCUAUUCAGCCUCUACAGAGGGAUACAGCCCCAGAACAUGAUGUUCAAAGCAGUGAGCCUGUGCUGAAUCUGAGAGACCUGGGAUUUUCUGACUUGAAAGCUAGCCAGCUCGAUGAACUAAUGAACAGGUUGCUUCCUGGCUAUUCUACAGAAAACAAAAUCUCUUCUCAGUGGCAUACAUCCUAUAUCUCUGCACAGUCCUUCUUUGAAAAUAAACAUGGCUUCAUGGAUGUAUUUAGUGCUUUGCGCUCCUCUUACUUGUAUAGACAACAUCCUAGUCCCCUCCAGAGUUUGUGCUCAGACCUUCAGCGCUGGCCAGUUUUCAUACAGUCUCGGGGUUUUAAGACUUUGAAAUCAAGAGCAAGACGUCUGCAGUCAACAUCUGAACGAUUUGCAGAAACAGAAAAUGUAUCCCCUUCAUUUGUAAAGGGACUCCUUUUGAGAGACAGAGGAUCUGAUGUUGAAAGCUUAGAAAAGCUAAUGAAAACAAAAAAUGUACCUGAAGCUCAUCAAGAUGCAUUUAAAACUGGUUUUGCUGAGGGCUUUUUGAAAGCACAGGCUCUUACGCAAAGAACAAAUGAUUCCUUAAGACGAACACGUCUUUUUCUCCUUGUGUUAUUACUGCUUGGUAUUUAUGGCUUGUCAAAAACCCCAUUUUUAUCUGGUAAAGGCUCCUUUUCUGAUACUGUACGCUUUCGGACAACAUCUGGGCUAGAUGCAGCAGUCGAUCCUAUUCAGAUGAAAAAUGUCACCUUUGAACACGUUAAAGGAGUGGAAGAAGCUAAGCAGGAAUUGCAGGAAGUUGUAGAAUUCUUGAAAAACCCUCAGAAAUUUACUGUCCUAGGAGGCAAACUUCCAAAAGGUAUUUUGUUAGUUGGACCACCUGGUACAGGCAAGACCCUUCUUGCCCGAGCUGUGGCUGGGGAAGCCGAUGUUCCAUUCUAUUAUGCAUCUGGGUCAGAGUUUGAUGAAAUGUUCGUUGGUGUUGGAGCCAGUCGAAUCCGAAAUCUGUUCAGGGAAGCAAAAGCAAAUGCUCCCUGUGUUAUAUUUAUUGAUGAGUUGGAUUCUGUUGGUGGGAAGAGAAUUGAAUCUCCAAUGCAUCCUUACUCAAGACAGACUAUCAAUCAACUUCUUGCUGAAAUGGAUGGCUUUAAGCCUAACGAAGGAGUAAUCAUUAUUGGUGCCACAAACUUCCCUGAAGCAUUAGAUAAUGCUCUAAUACGUCCCGGUCGCUUUGACAUGCAAGUUACAGUUCCAAGGCCAGACGUGAGAGGUCGAACAGAAAUUCUGAAAUGGUACCUUAAUAAAAUAAAGUAUGAUCAGGCUAUUGAUCCAGAAAUAAUUGCACGAGGUACAGUAGGAUUUUCUGGAGCAGAGCUAGAAAAUCUUGUGAACCAAGCUGCAUUAAAGGCAGCUGUUGAUGGGAAAGAUAUGGUAUCCAUGAAGGAAUUGGAAUUCUCAAAGGACAAAAUUCUCAUGGGACCUGAACGUAGAAGUGUAGAAAUUGAUGAUAAAAACAAGACAAUCACUGCAUAUCAUGAAUCUGGACAUGCUAUCAUUGCAUAUUAUACGAAAGAUGCAAUGCCGAUCAACAAAGCUACAAUCAUGCCCCGAGGACCAACACUUGGACAUGUAUCUUUGCUACCAGAAAAUGACAGGUGGAGUGAAACUAGGUCCCAGCUGCUUGCACAGAUGGACGUUAGUAUGGGAGGGAGAGUAGCAGAAGAACUCAUAUUUGGAAGUGAUCACAUCACUACAGGUGCUUCCAGUGACUUUGACAAUGCUACUAAAAUAGCAAAGAUGAUGGUGACUAGAUUUGGAAUGAGUGAGAAGCUUGGUGUCAUGACGUACUCAGAUACAGCAAAACUCAGUCCGGAAACCCAGUCUGCAAUUGAACAGGAAAUAAGAACGCUUCUAAGGGACUCAUAUGAACGAGCAAAGAACAUCUUGAAGAUCCAUGCAAAAGAACACAAGAAUUUAGCAGAAGCUUUAUUGACAUAUGAGACUUUGGAUGCCAAAGAAAUCCAGAUAGUUCUAGAGGGGAAAAAACUAGAAAAAGAAAGACAAGAAAUAAACUAAGUUCUCACAGGGAAAAAAAUCAAAUACAGAAACUCAGGGUUGAACCCACCUUGUUUGGAGACCUCAGUCAAAUGUUAAAAUUGGAAGAAGAAAAAGUGAACUCUCGACCGUGUUCAAGCAUAUUUUCCUUGAUUAUGCUGCUGUGGAUUUGAAGUGGUGCCACCUUAAUAUGUACAGUAUAAAAUUUGUAGAAACUGAGUCCUUAACUGCUAACGUUACCGAACUAGUGAUUUUAUGUUUACUAAUAAAGUACAGUUUAAAAAACCACUGUUCCUGCUCCAGAAAUACAACAAACUCAGCUGUUAAAUGGAUGGAUACACAAUGCAUCCCUAGUACAAGAAAUUAUGGGGGUCCCUACAUAGAUGAACUGUUAAUUGAGAAUUCAUUGCUCUUAAGAUAUACACAUGUAUAUUAGUGACUCAACAUUUUCAACAGAUUACUUGGGCAAUGAUGGGAUACACCUGUUUAAAAUACUUUGGACCAUGCUAUAAAAAGUAGUGUUCAUGUUGACAAAACUAUGCCAGGGAUGGGAAACAGAAAUGCCGGGCUGUUCACACCUGGUGUACUGCUGACAAGGUUAUCUUACAAACUUCAUAAAGGCAAUACAUGAGUGUGAUUUAAUAGCUAUGCUUUUAAACUGUUGGAGAUAUUAUUGAAUUAGUUUUUACUAAUUGUGUAUGGGCUUUUUGAUAAACACAUAAAAGAUUUCUUCCAAGAGGAGACUAAGUGUUACUCAACGAAAAGAGUACUUCAGAAGCAAGAGGCUUAUUUAAAAAAAAAUCGUUACUUGUUCCGUAAACAGUGAGACUUUUUGCUUGAAAUUCUACACAUUUUAAUUCAUAUAAAUACACUCAGACAUUUUAGUGCCAGAAGAAAGUCUAAAAGAUACUGCUAGCAACAAGGUUACAAUCAAGCACAAAUUCUUGCAAGCAGCAUCUUGCUCCAGCCAGGUCCAAGGAAUAAUUUUUAGGAAAAUUAACACUUGCCGAAUAGAAGUGUAUCUCUGUACAAUUAUAAAAAAAUUAUACAUUAGACACUUUUCUGUCCAAGAGAAAAGGCUUUUAUUAGAAUACUAACAUUUAAGGUUAAAUAGGGGUAAAAAAUAGUGCCAAUAAACAUGAAAAGCACUGAAAUAAGUUGGUAACUAAUGUAAAAUUAACAUUAACACAGAAUUUUAUUGUAAGUAGAACAUUGGGCUUGAUCAGUUAUUUUUAUUAGAAAAUGCAUUUUCCUUUCCUUUCAAAGCCAGUGCUGCAAUACCACUUAUUUCUAUUUUCUAUGUUGCUUUCAUUCAGUCAGCAUAAUACCAUGGCAUCCCUAAUGCAGUAUGGAGGAACCUGAAGACAUUUACUCUAAAAAGUAUAUCAAGCUAUUAGAGAGAUAGGUUACAGAUGUAUAUGCAUUUUAAGAACGUGUUCAGAAACAUGCAAAAAUGACGUGGUCGGCAUCCUUUUUUGGAAUAAUAAAGGUUCAUAUUAUGCACUUUGCUUUUUUUCAUUUAUUCUUUCACUGUAUAUUGCUCUAAAGUGUAAUAUUUCCCACUUAUGUAAAUCGAGGUAUAUAAAACAUGCUUAAAUUUGUAAAUAAAUGUAACCAUUAUGGCAAACUUGUACUUUCUUCAGUUAUACAAUUAAAAAGUGCUUUUUU